CAAGAUGUCCAUAGGAUUAGUCGCUCCGAAUGCGAUUGACUUUGGCAUUCAAAACGCAUGCAUUUUCGUAAUAAAUAAAUAAAUUGAACGCAUACAUUUUUUAAGAAUACGUUGAUGUGUUGCAAUUGUAUUACCAAAGCGAAUUCUUGCAAAUUCUUGAUUUUUCUGACGGAACAGUGAAAGAUUAGAACUAAGAUGAGAAAUAUGGGAUGAUAUGUCGAUUUUUUUUCAUUUCAUUUUUUUUUUUUUUUUUCUUACGGUACGUCUUUCCAUAUGAUUAAAUAGAUUUCGUUCGUUGUGAUAAUCUGUGCUUACGUUUCUCAAUAUAUUCAUUGAAAUACUUAUUGCUCUCCUAUUAAUAUUCAUAUUACAUGAAAUUGUUAACAAGAAUAAGCCAUAUUGCAAUAUUUUUAAAUUUCCUUCGCUCACCCCUUGCACAAUCAGAAUAACCGGACGCGAAUAUUAAAAUGCAAUUUUUAUAAGGCGGAAAAAUCAAUAAAAUAGGAAAUUACCAAAGAGACUUUUUAUGCAAUUUUUCCUGAAUGGUUGCUUUCUUUCGCAUUUAAUGCGAUACUCGUAGGGUUUAAUUUUAAUAAAGUACUGUUUUUUUUUCUCUCCAAGAGUUACGCUUAUCUUGUCAAUAAUGUUUUUAUCAUAAUAAAUAUUUGAAUAUUGUAAUAUAUAUGUAAAUAUUAAAUUUAAUAUUUAAAAUGACCGCGAUCUCACAAUUUUUGUUGUAAAUGCGAUUUUGUUUCGUUUAUAUGGUUUCAUUACACCCACUUCAAAAAAAUGUUAAAUUUCUUAAAAUUGUCGCGAAAAUUCAUUAACGCCAAAGAACCAGUAUGUUUGGUGUUAGGUAACGAGGCAUGCGAUUUGGAUUCGGCGGUUAGUGCUCUGUCAUUAUCCUAUUUCUAUCAACACAAUCACCAGCGUCUAGAGACUUUAAAGUGUCGGAAUUUUUUGCCCGUACUUAACAUACCUAAACAUGAUUAUCCUUUGAAAACCGAAGUGCAUUAUUUAUUCCAGCAGUUAUCACUUAGCGAAGAGUAUUUAACAUUCCGCGAUGAGCUGUCUGUGGAAUUUAUGACAAGGUCCCAAUUUGUGUUGGUAGACCAUCAUAAUAGCCCUUGGUCAAAACAAGCAAUAGUCGUCUUUGACCAUCGACCCAGAGACGAAACUGCUGAACUACCACUUGAUUGCUCUAUACAUUUGGAAUUAGUGGGUUCGUGUUGUACCUUGAUAGCGGAAUUGAUGUUAAAGGCUGAAAUGACCACAAUCAAGGAAAUCGAAAUCUUAAAGCUAUUGCGCAGUACCAUUGUAUUGGAUACAGUUAACUUUUCAGAGUCUGCGAAAAGGGCUACAGCUAAAGAUCAUGAAAUUUGCUUUGCUUUGGAAGAAAGACUAUGUGCUAUAUCUCAACAAGAAACACGUAAGCAAGUGUUUGACAAUUUGGUAAAAGCUCGCAGUGACGUUCGCUCUCUGACUACAUUUCAAUUGCUUAGGAAAGAUAUGAAAUUGAUUUCUGACAUACAAAGUAAUAAAAAAAUCGUUUUGCCCGGCUUUCCGAUGUUGGUGCAAGAAUUUAUCAAAAAGCCGCAGGCUGAAGAAGCUUUAAAGGAGUGUGCCCGUAACACUGAUAGUUCAGUUAUUUUAUUGUUGGGGAUGCACAUUGACAUUGAUCAAGAUGGUAGUGUGCAACGUGAUUUGGGCUUGAUAAACAUAAAAGAUUCCCAAUUGUUUGCAAGUGUUAAACGAAAGUUGGAGACAAUGUCCGAACCAAACUUACAAUUGGAAGAAAACCACGGCUGCCAUUUCAUGCAAGGUUGUUUCUUUAAACAAGGUAAUAUAAAAGCUACUCGUAAACACAUCCUUCCAGCUGUAAAUCAAAUUUUAAACGAUUCACAAUAAAAUCUGGAAAAAUUAUUGACAUUUUUUUC